CCUUCGCAUCCGGUUCCGGAGUCCUGCGCCUGCGUGCUCUCGGCGGGGAUCGUGCAAAGCGGGGCUCGUCGCCGCCAUUAGCGGAGUUGGUCGCGGAGGAAGACCCUGGUCUGAGCCGGCGGGGCUGCGGGGCCCGGAGCCCUCGCGAGGGGAAGGCAGGCUACGUUCCUCACCAUGGCUGGAGUCUUCCCCUUCCGGGGCCCUUGCCCGCCCAUGCCUACCCCCUUGACUCCAUUGCCUGACUACAUGUCGGAGGAGAAACUGCAGGAGAAAGCCCGCAAAUGGCAGCAGCUGCAGGCAAAGCGCUACGCUGAGAAGAGGAAAUUUGGCUUUGUGGACGCCCAGAAGGAGGACAUGCCGCCUGAGCACGUGAGGAAGAUCAUCCGUGAUCACGGAGACAUGACCAACAGGAAAUUCCGUCACGACAAGCGAGUGUAUUUGGGGGCCCUGAAGUACAUGCCGCACGCAGUUCUGAAGCUGCUGGAGAACAUGCCGAUGCCCUGGGAGCAGAUCCGGGACGUGCCGGUCCUCUACCAUAUCACCGGGGCCAUUUCCUUCGUGAACGAGAUCCCGUGGGUGAUCGAGCCGGUGUACAUCGCCCAGUGGGGGUCCAUGUGGAUCAUGAUGAGGCGGGAGAAGAGGGACCGGCGGCAUUUCAAGCGAAUGCGCUUCCCGCCCUUUGAUGACGAAGAGCCCCCCCUCGACUACGCGGACAACAUCCUGGAUGUGGAGCCCCUGGAGGCCAUCCAGCUGGAGCUGGACCCAGAGGAAGACGCUCCCGUCUUGGACUGGUUCUACGACCACCAGCCCCUGAAGGAUAGCCGCAAGUACGUCAACGGCUCCACCUACCAGCGAUGGCAGUUCACCCUCCCCAUGAUGUCCACCCUCUACCGCCUGGCCAACCAGCUCCUCACGGAUCUCGUGGACGACAACUACUUCUACCUGUUCGACCUGAAGGCCUUCUUCACCUCCAAGGCCCUCAACAUGGCCAUCCCGGGGGGGCCCAAGUUUGAGCCCCUGGUUCGAGACAUCAACCUGCAGGACGAGGACUGGAACGAGUUCAAUGACAUCAACAAGAUCAUCAUCCGGCAGCCCAUCCGGACCGAGUACAAGAUCGCCUUCCCCUACCUCUACAACAACCUGCCCCACCACGUCCACCUCACCUGGUAUCACACCCCCAACGUGGUCUUCAUCAAAACGGAGGAUCCAGACCUGCCAGCUUUCUACUUUGAUCCUCUCAUUAACCCCAUUUCGCACAGGCAUUCGGUUAAGAGCCAGGAGCCGCUGCCUGAUGACGAUGAGGAGUUUGAGCUGCCGGAGUUUGUGGAGCCCUUCCUCAAGGAGACCCCGCUCUACACGGACAACACGGCCAACGGCAUCGCCCUGCUCUGGGCACCGCGGCCCUUUAACCUGCGCUCUGGCCGGACCCGGCGGGCCCUGGACAUCCCUCUGGUCAAGAACUGGUACCGAGAGCACUGCCCCGCCGGGCAGCCCGUGAAGGUGCGCGUCUCCUAUCAGAAGCUCCUGAAGUACUACGUCCUGAACGCACUCAAGCACAGGCCCCCCAAGGCACAGAAGAAGAGGUACCUCUUCCGCUCCUUCAAGGCCACCAAGUUCUUCCAGUCCACCAAGCUGGACUGGGUGGAGGUGGGGCUGCAGGUCUGCCGCCAGGGCUACAACAUGCUCAACCUUCUCAUCCACCGCAAGAACCUCAACUACCUCCACCUGGACUACAACUUCAACCUGAAGCCGGUCAAGACCCUCACCACCAAGGAAAGGAAGAAGUCUCGCUUCGGCAACGCCUUCCACCUGUGCCGGGAGGUGCUGCGUCUCACCAAGCUGGUGGUGGACAGCCACGUCCAGUACAGGCUAGGAAACGUGGACGCCUUCCAGCUGGCCGAUGGGCUCCAGUACAUCUUCGCUCACGUGGGGCAGCUGACUGGGAUGUACCGGUACAAGUACAAACUCAUGAGGCAGAUCCGGAUGUGCAAAGACCUCAAGCACCUCAUUUAUUACCGCUUCAACACAGGGCCAGUCGGGAAGGGCCCCGGCUGUGGCUUCUGGGCCCCGGGCUGGCGGGUGUGGCUCUUCUUCAUGAGAGGGAUUACCCCUCUGCUGGAGCGCUGGCUCGGGAACCUCCUGGCCAGGCAGUUUGAAGGCCGCCACUCAAAGGGGGUGGCCAAGACGGUCACCAAGCAGCGGGUGGAGUCCCACUUCGACCUGGAGCUGCGGGCAGCGGUGAUGCAUGACAUCCUGGACAUGAUGCCCGAGGGGAUCAAGCAGAACAAGGCCCGGACCAUCCUGCAGCACCUUAGCGAAGCCUGGCGGUGCUGGAAGGCCAACAUCCCUUGGAAGGUCCCGGGGCUGCCAACUCCCAUCGAGAAUAUGAUCUUGCGGUACGUGAAGGCCAAAGCGGACUGGUGGACCAACACGGCGCAUUACAACCGGGAGCGCAUCCGCCGCGGGGCCACUGUGGACAAGACAGUCUGCAAGAAGAACCUGGGCCGCCUGACUCGUCUCUACCUGAAGGCCGAGCAGGAGAGGCAGCACAACUACCUGAAGGAUGGCCCGUACAUCACUGCGGAGGAGGCUGUGGCCGUUUACACCACCACGGUGCACUGGCUGGAGAGCCGGCGCUUCUCCCCCAUCCCUUUUCCUCCGCUCUCCUACAAGCACGACACCAAGCUCCUCAUCUUGGCCCUGGAGAGGCUGAAGGAGGCCUACAGUGUGAAGUCCCGCCUGAACCAGUCGCAGCGGGAGGAGCUGGGCCUGAUCGAGCAGGCCUACGACAACCCCCACGAGGCCCUUUCACGCAUCAAGCGGCAUUUGCUGACCCAGCGAGCCUUCAAGGAGGUGGGCAUCGAGUUUAUGGACCUCUACAGCCACCUGGUCCCUGUCUACGACGUGGAGCCCCUGGAGAAGAUUACAGAUGCCUACCUGGACCAGUACCUGUGGUACGAGGCGGACAAGAGGCGUCUCUUCCCUCCAUGGAUCAAGCCGGCUGACACAGAGCCCCCUCCGCUGCUGGUGUACAAGUGGUGCCAGGGCAUUAACAACCUGCAGGACGUGUGGGAGACCAGCGAAGGGGAGUGCAACGUGAUGCUCGAGUCCCGCUUUGAGAAGAUGUACGAGAAGAUUGAUUUGACGCUGCUGAACAGGCUGCUGCGCCUCAUUGUCGACCACAACAUCGCCGACUACAUGACAGCCAAGAACAACGUGGUCAUCAACUACAAGGACAUGAACCACACCAACUCCUACGGGAUUAUCCGGGGCCUGCAGUUCGCCUCCUUCAUUGUCCAGUACUACGGGCUGGUGAUGGACCUGCUGGUGCUCGGCCUGCACCGGGCCAGUGAGAUGGCCGGCCCCCCGCAGAUGCCCAAUGACUUCCUCAGCUUCCAAGACCUGGCCACAGAGGUGGCCCACCCGAUACGCUUGUUCUGCAGAUACAUCGACCGCAUCCACAUCUUCUUCAGGUUCACCGCGGAUGAAGCCAGGGACCUGAUCCAGCGCUACCUGACCGAGCACCCGGAUCCAAACAACGAGAACAUUGUGGGCUACAACAACAAGAAGUGCUGGCCUCGUGAUGCCCGCAUGCGCCUCAUGAAGCACGAUGUUAACCUGGGCCGGGCCGUCUUCUGGGACAUCAAGAACCGGCUGCCGCGCUCCGUCACCACCGUGCAGUGGGAGAACAGCUUUGUCUCCGUGUACAGCAAGGACAACCCGAACCUUCUCUUCAACAUGUGCGGCUUUGAGUGCCGCAUCCUCCCCAAGUGCCGGACAAGCUACGAAGAGUUCACCCACAAGGACGGCGUGUGGAACUUGCAGAAUGAGGUGACCAAGGAGCGCACCGCACAGUGUUUCUUGAGAGUGGAUGAUGAGUCCAUGCAGCGGUUCCACAACCGGGUCAGGCAGAUACUGAUGGCCUCGGGCUCCACCACCUUCACCAAGAUUGUGAACAAGUGGAACACGGCCCUGAUCGGCCUGAUGACCUACUUCCGGGAGGCCGUGGUGAACACCCAGGAGCUGCUGGACCUGCUGGUGAAGUGUGAGAACAAGAUCCAGACUCGGAUCAAGAUCGGCCUGAACUCCAAGAUGCCCAGCCGCUUCCCACCCGUGGUCUUCUACACCCCCAAGGAGCUUGGGGGGCUGGGCAUGCUGUCCAUGGGCCACGUCCUGAUCCCGCAGUCUGACCUCAGGUGGUCCAAGCAGACGGACGUGGGCAUCACUCACUUCCGGUCCGGGAUGAGCCACGAGGAGGACCAGCUGAUCCCCAAUCUGUACCGCUACAUCCAGCCGUGGGAGAGUGAGUUCAUCGACUCCCAGCGGGUGUGGGCCGAAUAUGCCCUCAAGCGGCAGGAGGCCAUUGCCCAGAACAGGCGCCUGACCCUGGAGGACCUGGAGGACUCGUGGGACAGAGGCAUCCCGCGGAUCAACACCCUCUUCCAGAAGGACCGGCACACGCUGGCCUACGACAAAGGCUGGAGAGUCAGGACGGAUUUCAAGCAGUACCAGGUGCUGAAGCAGAACCCCUUCUGGUGGACCCACCAGCGGCACGAUGGGAAGCUCUGGAACCUGAACAACUACCGCACGGACAUGAUCCAGGCGCUGGGCGGGGUGGAGGGCAUCCUGGAGCACACGCUCUUCAAGGGCACCUACUUCCCCACCUGGGAGGGGCUCUUCUGGGAAAAAGCCAGCGGCUUCGAGGAGUCCAUGAAGUGGAAGAAGCUGACCAAUGCCCAGCGCUCGGGUCUCAACCAGAUCCCUAACCGGAGGUUCACCCUCUGGUGGUCUCCCACCAUCAACCGGGCCAACGUGUACGUGGGCUUCCAGGUGCAGCUGGACCUGACGGGCAUCUUCAUGCACGGCAAGAUCCCCACGCUGAAGAUCUCCCUGAUCCAGAUCUUCCGAGCUCACCUGUGGCAGAAGAUCCACGAAAGCAUCGUCAUGGACCUCUGCCAGGUGUUUGACCAGGAGCUGGACGCCUUGGAGAUUGAGACGGUGCAGAAGGAGACCAUCCACCCCAGGAAGUCUUACAAGAUGAACUCCUCCUGCGCGGACAUCCUCCUCUUCGCCUCCUACAAGUGGAACGUCUCCCGGCCCUCCCUGCUGGCAGACUCCAAGGACGUGAUGGACAGCACCACCACCCAGAAGUACUGGAUCGACAUCCAGCUGCGUUGGGGGGACUACGACUCACACGACAUCGAGCGCUACGCCCGGGCCAAGUUCCUGGACUACACGACGGACAACAUGAGCAUUUACCCCUCCCCCACCGGGGUCCUCAUUGCCAUUGACCUGGCCUACAACCUGCACAGCGCCUACGGGAACUGGUUCCCCGGAAGCAAGCCGCUGAUCCAGCAGGCCAUGGCCAAGAUCAUGAAGGCCAACCCCGCCCUGUACGUGCUGAGGGAGCGGAUCCGCAAGGGCCUGCAGCUUUACUCCUCGGAGCCCACCGAGCCCUACCUCUCCUCGCAGAACUACGGGGAGCUCUUCUCCAACCAGAUCAUCUGGUUUGUGGACGACACCAACGUCUACAGGGUCACCAUCCACAAGACCUUUGAAGGAAACUUGACCACGAAGCCGAUCAACGGGGCCAUCUUCAUCUUCAACCCUCGGACCGGGCAGCUCUUCCUGAAGAUCAUCCACACGUCCGUCUGGGCUGGGCAAAAGCGUUUGGGCCAGCUGGCCAAGUGGAAGACGGCGGAGGAGGUGGCGGCUCUGAUCCGCUCCCUGCCGGUGGAGGAGCAGCCCAAGCAGAUCAUCGUCACCCGGAAGGGCAUGUUGGACCCCUUGGAGGGAGGAGCCCUGGCCGUGGUGCCCGGGAGGCUUCGAUCUGACCCCCCGGCCCUGUCCUCGCUCUUGGCCAGUGUGAACGUGGCUUCCUUGACCCAGUCCGAGAUCCGGGACAUCAUCCUCGGCAUGGAGAUCUCGGCCCCCUCCCAGCAGCGGCAGCAGAUCGCGGAGAUCGAGAAGCAGACCAAGGAGCAAAGCCAGCUGACGGCCACCCAGACGCGGACCGUCAACAAGCACGGCGACGAGAUCAUCACCUCCACCACCAGCAACUACGAGACCCAGACCUUCUCCUCCAAGACCGAGUGGCGGGUCAGGGCCAUCUCUGCAGCCAACCUGCACUUGCGCACCAACCACAUCUACGUCUCCUCGGACGACAUCAAAGAGACCGGCUACACCUACAUCCUGCCCAAGAACGUCCUGAAGAAAUUCAUCUGCAUCUCCGACCUGCGGGCUCAGAUUGCAGGGUACCUGUAUGGGGUGAGUCCCCCAGACAACCCCCAGGUGAAGGAGAUCCGGUGUAUUGUGAUGGUGCCCCAGUGGGGAACCCACCAGACCGUCCACCUCCCCGGCCAGCUGCCCCAGCACGACUACCUCAAGGAGAUGGAGCCCCUGGGGUGGAUUCACACCCAGCCCAACGAGUCUCCGCAGCUCUCCCCGCAAGACGUCACCACCCACGCCAAGGUCAUGGCCGAGAACCCCUCCUGGGACGGGGAGAAGACCAUCAUCAUCACCUGCAGCUUCACCCCGGGCUCCUGCACCUUGACGGCCUACAAGCUGACCCCCAGCGGCUACGAGUGGGGCCGGCAGAACACGGACAAGGGCAACAACCCCAAGGGCUACCUGCCCUCCCACUACGAGCGGGUGCAGAUGCUGCUCUCGGACCGCUUCCUGGGCUUCUUCAUGGUGCCGGCCCAGGGCUCCUGGAACUACAACUUCAUGGGUGUCCGGCACGACCCCAACAUGAAGUACGAGCUGCAGCUGGCCAACCCGAAGGAGUUCUACCACGAGGUCCAUCGCCCCUCCCACUUCCUCAACUUCGCCCUCCUGCAGGAGGGGGAGGUCUACUCAGCGGACCGGGAGGAUCUCUACGCCUAGCCUGGCAGCCCCCCCCCCCCCCCCGCCCCC